CAAAAACAAAAAAGACACCAUGGCGCCCGUCUCCUUCACAGCCAAGUCGUACUGCCGCGGCGGCGAGCCGACCCCGCUCAAGGUCAACGGCAACACGCCCGAGGGCCAGGUGCUCUUCUACGACUUUUCGCGCCGGCUCGAGGGCGACGCGCAGGGCGAGGCGACGGCCGCGUUCGUGGCCGCGUCGCACGCCGCCAACCGGGAGAGCAAUACCGCAGCCGGCGUCUUCUACUUUGAGGGCACGAUCCGCGGCAAGAAGGGCUGGUUCAGCGCCACGCUCACUGGGGUGCUGGAUUUCCCGCGCAUCGAGUCCAAGUUUGAGAUUAUCGAGGCGGCGACUGGCGGCGAGCUCGCUGGCCUCAAGGGCCGCGGAUGGUACAUCAUCGGCGAGAUGGACCCCACUGGCCAUGACGACGGCAACGACCUGCACUUUGAGGUCGACCUGCCUUAGAGUAGACGGCGGACAUGUAUACGCCGGAUAGUGGGUUCAUAUGGCGU